CACACGCUCUUUUCCACUGUACUUCACCCGUCCCAGACUUCUUCAUCGCCCUUCACGGCUAUGGCCACAUACUACAGCCUCGACAAGGCGAUCAGCUCAUUUUUCAAAUUAAACACAACGGUGACAAGACAGCAAUGCGAUGAGUUCGCACUUUCUCGUGCCGGUGAGCCAGUCAAUCCUGUGCAGCUACAGGGAACGUUCAGCUACACUUUGACGGCGGGGAGUGACGCAUCCAAGCUCUUCCAGUUUCGUGUCCAGGACUCCUGCCUCGACAUGGACAGUAUAACCCUGGCCAAGAAAAUUCAUCCGCAAUUUGUACCCAGCUGCAAGUAUCUUGGAAUUAUUGGCCAAUCCCGACCCCUUCACAUUUACGAGAUGGACAACCUUCCCGGGACCACGUACAUCAUGGCGCGCGAUACAUCUGUCAUACAGCCACCAGACGCUGUUAUCCGGCAACGCAACACUGUGAGCGACCUCGCGAGCUUCUUUGCUCAGUCAUGGAACGGAAGUCAACAGUUAUCCCCAGACGAUACCGCUACACUGCUGGCGGAGUUUCAACUCAAGCUUGACCAUCUUGCUCGAUCGCUACCGUCGCGAUUUGUGCCAACCUUGGACAGAGCUCGCAAAGAUCUCCCACCACUCUUCUCAGGGAGACUUCCUUUCGUCCUUGGUCACGGGGAUCUCUGCGAGAUGAAUCUCCUGAUAAACUCCAAGACUGGCAACAUCACGGGGAUUGUCGACUGGGCCGAGGCCAGGAUCCUUCCCUUUGGUUUUUCUUUGUGGGGGCUCGAGAAUAUUCUUGGGUACAUGGAUUCUAAUGGGUGGCAUUACUAUGAUAAUUGCCACGAACUGGAGGAUCUCUUUUGGCAAACCUUCAAGAGAGAAGCCAGAAAUGCCUCGAGUUCUGAUUUGCAGUCCAUCCGCGCUGCGAGGAUGAUCGGCUUAUUCUGCCGGUAUGGCUUCAUGGUGGAGGGCAAAGCUGUGAAAAGGGUGGUGGAGGAGUCCGAUUUUUCUUAUAUGGCGUAUCUUAAUGCAUUCUGCAUGGCUGAUAAAUGGACUACUAUAGAUUGAAAACCGGGCCUGGAGAGAGAAAGCAAUGUAGUUGAUGCAAAAUUCUCCGAAUUCUCUUAGCACGUGCGUUAUACUAUCUUCUCACCAAAUGCAUUGGCGAACGAGAUAAAAUGCCACUUAGCAGACGAUACCC